AUGGCCACCAAGAAAUCUCCUUUCGAUUUGCAAAAGUGUGCGCGACCAAACAUCCUCGCAUUGGAGCCAUACCGUUGCGCACGCGACGACUACAAAGACAAUGGCACAAACAUCCUGCUCGACGCGAACGAGAACGCAUACGGACCAGGACUGGCGUUGAAUGGCGAGAGCACACUAUCUGCGUCAUCAAUUGAUGUGGAUUUGCUUGGGUUGAAUCGCUAUCCUGACCCUCACCAAGCGGAGCUUAAACAGAGUCUUUGCAACCUGCGCAACACGCACACGCAUACCACCAAGACGAUCACGCCCGACAACCUCUUCGUUGGCGUCGGCUCCGACGAAGCCAUUGACGCCCUUAUCCGCGCAUUCUGCGUCCCCGGCAAGGAGAAGAUCCUCACAUGUCCACCUACGUAUGGAAUGUAUAGCGUCUCUGCCCAAGUGAACGAUGUCGCCCUCGUCAAAGUCCCACUACAGCUUCCGAGCUUCGAUCUCGAUGUACCUGCCAUAACAGCCGCUCUCUCCGCCGACCCAAGCAUAAAGCUUGCAUACCUAUGUUCACCAGGAAACCCAACAGGCAAACUGCUGAAGAAGCAGGAUGUUCAGCGGAUACUGGAGCAUGAGAGUUGGAAUGGCGUCGUAGUGUUGGACGAGGCAUACAUCGACUUUGCACCAGAAGGUGCGAGUCUGGCAGAGUGGGUCACCGAAUGGCCAAAUUUAGUUGUCAUGCAGACACUAUCCAAAGCUUUCGGCCUCGCUGGUAUACGGCUAGGAGCCGCAUUUACCGACCCAGCAAUAGCCCAACUGCUGAACGCCAUGAAAGCACCAUACAACAUCCCGAACCCAACAAGUCAACUCGCACGAGCAGCGCUAAGUUCGAAGCACCUCGAUAUCACACGAAAAAACAUAGAUUCCAUCGUUAAGCAGCGUGACAGAUUGCUAGCUGAACUUCCAAAAAUCCCUGGAGUUGGUCAGCUGAUAGGUGGCGUCGAAUCAAACUUCCUACUCUACUCGAUACUGGACGCACCUGCAGACCAAGGCGGGAAGGCUUCAAAUGAGACAGCGCUAGCUGUCUACGAAGGCUUAGCGGAAGAGAAGGGCGUUGUUGUACGAUUCAGAGGAAAGGAAUAUGGGUGCAUGGGUUGUCUCCGCAUAACAGUCGGUACAGAGAAAGAGGUAGAUCGCUUUCUGCAGGAGAUACGAUUGGUCCUAGAGAGUACCUACAAAACCUCGAGACAACUUAGCGGCAAGGAAGAAGAGAAUAAGGAGAAGGAAGCGAGUGCUGUGGUUGCAUAA